AUGGGUCUCUUCAACAAGAAAUCUGAAGGCGAUGACGACUCUAACCGCCGCGCACUCUUUGGGCGCAAGAAGGACAAGAGCCCAUCCACCCCUACCAACCCUUACGCCAAGGACAUUCCAGUAGACCCAUACACCAAGGCCAAGAUUGGUGCUGGUGUCGCUCCCUUGCCUGCCGACCACCCUGCCGCCAACGGCGGCCCCGCGUCGCAGAGCCCCCACAACAUUCCCUCCGACAACAAGUACGCCAGCGGAUACUCUGCCAACAAGUACGGCAACCAGGGCGGCUAUGGAAGUGACCGAUUUGGCGGAUCUGGCGCAGGCGUCAGCUCCCCGGCCUCGGGCUCCGGCUCCGGCUCGCGCUAUGGAACCGGCGGCUACGGUGGUCUCGGUAGUUCCGAUCCCAAUGACCCCGCGGCGGCGGAUGCGGCUCGCAACGAGCUGUUCGGUGGUGCUAAGCGCACACCCGACAACUCGGGCGGUAACCCGCCGCCAUACUCCGAGGGCCAGGGUGGACAAGGCGGACAACCGAACUACGGCGGCGGCAGCAACGAGUACAGCAUGGCGACAUUCCAGGACCGCCAGCUGACCGCGGAAGAGGAAGAGGAAGAGGAGAUCAAUGCUACAAAGAAUGAGAUGCGAUUCGUGAAGCAGGGCGAUGUGGCGUCGACGCGGAAUGCCCUCCGAGCAGCUGCUCAAGCCGAAGAAACCGGUCGCGCCACGCUCGCCCGGCUAGGCGCCCAGGGCGAGUCGAUCCACGAUACCGAGAAGAGUCUGGACAUGACGACCAUUGAAGGCCGCCUUGCGGCGGAGAAGGCGAAGGAGCUCAAGACUCUUAACAAGAGCAUGUUCGCUGUGCACGUGGCGAACCCGUUCACUGCUUCGCGGCGUCGGCGCGAGCGCGAUGAGAAGGUCCUCAACACACAUCGCGAAGAGCGUGGAAUUCGUGACGGUACACGGGCCGAGGCUCAUGGUACCAACCAGCGCAUGGACCGCGUGUUCCGCGACAUUGACCGUGAAGCCGCCAAGCAGGGCAAGGGCAAGAAGGCCAGUGUGACUGAGCGUGCCAAGUACCAGUUCGAGGCAGAUAGCGAGGAUGAGCAGAUGGAGGACGAGAUCGAGCAGAACUUGGAUCUGCUUGGAGGUGCUACGGGCCGUUUGAACGGUCUUGCCAAAGCGACUGGUAAGGAGCUCGACGAACAGAACAGACAUUUGGAGCGUAUCACAGGCAAGAGCGAUUAUGUCGACGAUCAGAUUGCCAUGAACCGUGCCAAGCUGGACCGGAUUCACUAG